AGUCUGGCAGCCCCGGUAGCCGCUCCAGCCCUGUCACCUAAGGGGCGGUAUUGUCUGUCUCUCUGUGGCUGGGGCGCCCCUGUCGCCGCGCCCACCCCCUCGCGCAGCGCCGCUCGGCCCGGCAGGAGCGCUGGCUCUCCGCGCCCUCGUGCACUCACACUCUGGGACCCUGUAACUCUGAGCUGGCCUCACCGACAUCCCAGGGCUGCGCCCACCAGCGCACUCCCUUUGGAGAGGCCGCAGUGGACCGGGGGCGUUCUCACCCGCCUCCUGGCCGCGAAGCUGCAGAAGCCUGCCUCCAGUAAGUCGUCUUUAAGAGAGUGAAGGCCUCUUCAGAGCAGGACAGCCAGUGCGUGGGGAGGAGGUGAGCCCUGCUAUGGAAUAGGAUCAACCAUAUAAAGAUCAUCAGCAGAGGCAAACUUGUGAAGCACAGAGAGUGAUUGACUGGAGGAGGAUCAGAAGAUCCAUCUAUUCCAACUGCAAGAAUCACCUUCUCUUGGUCUACUGAUGCUGCAUGACAACUCUUCCUCCAGACACAGCCAAAAACCCAAAGAAAUGGUGUUACCUGGCAAGAGAUCUGCUCUCUCUUAUGAAAAAUCAGUCCAAGAGUUCUGAAAUCAACAAAGCAAUAGUCAAAGACAGGAGCUGUUUGAGGAAUACAACAAUAAAGCAGAAUUUCAGAGUCAGAUAUCAGGUCUAUAGUGUGAAGAUACAUCUAUAUUAAACCAGGAAUAACUGUCGCUGAAAUUGGGGUACAAAAUCUUGGAAGAUUAAACAGCUGUGAAGGUUGAUUAUGGAAAUCAAAGAGGAAGGAGCAUCAGAAGAAGGCCAGCACUUUCUUCCCACACCCCAGGCAAGUGAUACUGGGGACUCUCAGUUCACAAGUAUUCAGAAGACUCCAAAUGAACCACAGUUGGAAUUCAUCCUUGCAUGCAAGGAUCUUGUGGCUCCUGUCCGUGAUCAUCGGAAGCUGAAUACACUGGUGCAGAUCUCAGUGAUCCACCCCGCUGAGCAGGGUCUGACACGAUACUCAAGCACGGAAAUUGUGGAGGGAACAAGAGACCCACUGUUUCUGACUGGUGUCACAUUUCCAUCUGAGUAUCCCAUCUAUGAGGAGACCAAAAUAAAGCUAACAGUCUAUGAUGUCAAGGAUAAGUCUCAUGACACUGUUCGAACCAGUGUCCUACCUGAACAUAAGGAUCCCCUGCCGGAGGUUGGGCGAAGCUUCCUGGGCUAUGCCAGUUUUAAAGUGGGGGAGCUACUGAAGUCAAAGGAGCAGCUGCUAACCUUGAGCCUGAGAACAUCAGAUGGUGGCAAAGUUGUCGGCACCAUAGAAGUCAGUGUCAUGAAGAUGGGGGAGAUCGAGGAUGGGGAAGCCAGCCACAUCACGACAGAUGUGCCAGAACAAAAGUGUGCACUGGUAUGGGAAUGUACAGACCCAGAAAGUGUGAGCAGAAAGGACAACUUACCUUUUUUGAAUGCAGUGUUAAAGAACCCAGUGUGUAAACUAUAUAGAUUCCCCACAUCUGACAAUAAGUGGAUGUGCAUCCGGGAGCAGAUGUCAGAGAGCAUACUUUCUUUUCAUAUUCCUAAGGAAUUGAUCUCUCUUCACAUAAAAGAAGAUUUGUGUAGAAACCAGGAGCUAAAAGAACUUGGUGAGCUUUCUCCACACUGGGACAAUCUACGGAAAAAUGUCCUCACUCACUGUGAUCAAAUGGUGAAUAUGUACCAAGACAUUCUGACAGAACUUAGCAAAGAAACAGGGUCCUCUUUCAAACCGAGCAGCAGCAAAGGAGAGAAAACAUUAGAAUUUGUUCCAGUAAAUCUACAUCUUCAAAGAAUGCAUGUACAUAGCCCUCAUUUGAAAGAUGUUCUCUAUGAUGUCAUCACUGUGGGAGCCCCAGCUGCCCAUUUUCAGGGAUUUAAGAAUGGUGGUCUUCGGAAACUACUCCAUAGAUUUGAAAUGGAAAGAAGAAAUACUGGAUACCAGUUAAUUUACUAUUCACCUGAAAACACAGCCAAAGCAAAAGAAGUUCUCAGCAACAUCAAUCAUCUACAACCUUUGAUAGCAGCUCAUGCAGACCUCCUGCUUAAUUCUGCGAGCCAGCAUUCUCCAGACAGCUUGAAGAAUUCUUUAAAGAUGCUUUCAGAAAAAACGGAGCUUUUUGUACAUGCCUUCAAGGAUCAGCUAGUCAGAAGUGCUCUUUUAGCACUCUACACUGCCAGGCCGGGGGGUGUCCUCAAGAAACCACCCUCUCCUAAGAACAGCACAGAGGAGAGCCAUUCUCAGCACCUGCCCCUGGCCAUGAGAAGGCAAGACUCUAUCCCACAUCACUCAGACUAUGACGAGGAAGAGUGGGAUAGGGUAUGGGCCAAUGUGGGGAAGAGCCUGAACUGCAUAAUAGCUUUGGUGGAUAAACUGAUUGAAAGAGACAGCAGCAGCGAAGAGGGAGCAAAGGACCCUUCUCUAGUGGACUCCAUCAUAACUCAUCCAAGGGAGGACUGGUACGAACAGUUGUGUCCCCUCAUCUGUACGCUGAAGGACUGCAUGCGGGAAGUGGUGAGCAGGGCCAAGCAGUCGCUGACGUUCGUGCUCCUUCAGGAGCUCGCGUACAGCCUGCCCCAGAGUCUGAUGCUGACGCUGAGGAGGGACGUCGUCUUCAGCCAAGCACUGGCUGGAUUGGUUUGUGGUUUUAUCAUCAAAUUGCACACAAGUCUGCAUGACCCUGGUUUCCUACAGCAGCUUCACACAGUGGGAUUAGUAGUACAAUAUGAAGGACUGCUAAGUACAUAUAGUGACGAAAUCGGAAUGCUAGAGGACAUGGCUGUUGGCAUUUCAGAUUUGAAGAAAGUCACAUUUAAAAUAAUUGAAGCCAAGUCCAGUGAUGUCUUGCCAGUUAUAACAGGGAGGCGUGAACAUUAUGUGGUAGAGGUGAAGCUUCCAGCAAGAAUGUUCGAGUCAUUGCCUCUACAGAUUAAAGAAGGGCAGUUGCUUCAUGUGCAUCCAGUACUUUUUAAUGUUGGCAUCAAUGAGCAGCAAACUCUUGCUGAGAGGUUUGGAGAUGUCUCUUUGCAAGAAAGUAUUAAUCAGGAAAAUUUUGAACUUCUUAAAGAAUAUUAUACGAUAUUUAUAGAAAGGAUGCCUCCUGAUUACAUUUCACAUUUCCAAGAACAAAAUGACUUAAAAGGAUUAUUAGAAAAUCUCCAUCAAAAUAUCCAAGCCAAAAAAAGAAAGAAUGUAGAAAUCAUGUGGCUUGCUGCAACGAUUUGUCGCAAACUAAAUGGUAUUCGUUUCACCUGUUGUAAAAGUGCCAAAGACAGGACGUCAAUGUCAGUGACACUUGAACAGUGCUCGAUCUUGAGAGAUGAGCACCAGCUACACAAGGACUUCUUUAUCCGAGCCCUGGAUUGUAUGAGAAGAGAAGGAUGCCGCAUAGAGAAUGUUCUGAAGAAUAUCAAAUGCAGGAAGUAUGCUUUCAACAUGCUACAGCUGAUGGCUUUCCCCAAGUACUACAGACCUCCAGAGGGGACUUAUGGAAAAGCUGAUACCUAAGUUUACCAACAUGUAAAUAAACAGGAACACAAAUAUA